UGGGGAGGACCCGUAGCCCCAGCCUCCACUGGCGUCCGUAGCCGGGAAACCCGGCGUCUGGCGCUUUAGCCUGAAGUCCACGAUGUCGGGUGAGGAAGUCCCGAACAGGGCAGAGUCCUCCGAGGCCCGUGCGGCCGCGGUCAGCGACAUCCAGGAGCUGAUGCGACGCAAGGAGGAGAUCGAGGCUCAGAUCAAGGCUAAUUAUGACGUCCUGGAGAGCCAAAAAGGAAUUGGCAUGAGUGAGCCGCUGGUGGACUGUGAGGGCUAUCCCCGGGCAGAUGUGGACUUGUACCAGGUCCGAACAGCAAGACACAACAUCAUCUGUCUCCAGAAUGAUCACAAGGCACUGAUGAAGCAGGUGGAGGAGGCCCUGCACCAGCUACACGCUCGGGACAAAGAGAAGCAGGCUCGGGACAUGGCUGAAGCCCGAGAAGAGGCCAUGAGCCACUUGCUGGGCUCCAGCAGCCCCACCCUGCCCCAGGCCUUUGCCAGAGUGAAAAGUAUCAGCCCUGGUUCCCCAGCCAGUAUUGCGGGUCUGCAGGUGGACGAUGAGAUUGUGGAGUUCGGCUCCGUCAACACCCAAAACUUCCAGUCACUGCAGAACGUGGGCACUGUGGUGCACCACAGCGAGGGGAAGCCCCUGAAUGUGACAGUGAUCCGCAGAGGGGAGAAGCACCGGCUCAGACUGACUCCAACCCGCUGGGCAGGAAAAGGACUGCUGGGCUGCAACAUUAUUCCUCUCCAAAGAUGACUGUUUCCUGCAUUUGCAGGAAAGCUGCUUCAGCUGGCCCUGUGCUUGGGCCCGGGAGGGAUUUCCUCGUUCUCUUGGCUCCCAGAAGUGUAAGGAUCUGGAAGAGAGCGGCUGAUGCCUGAGCAUUGAGUUGGAAGGGAUGCUCUGGCUGCCUGAUGUAACCUCUCUGGGUUGAGGCAUUAUUAAAAAUGUGAUUCGUGCCUAGCUACGUCUUGUGCAAAUUAGGCCAUAGCCUGUCUGGGAAUUCUCUAGAUUAUGAGCCAGUGAGUGGGGAUGACUCUGGCAGGUAAUGAUCUGAUCUCCCUCCCUCCCUCCUUUCUUUCCUUUCUUUCUUCCGAGACAGGGACUCAGUGUGUAAUUCUGACUGUCCCAGAACUCAAUGUAUAGACCAGGCUGGCCUUAAGCUGUCAGAGAUCCUCCUGCCUCUACCUCAUUAGUGUUGGGAUUAGAGGCAUAUACUGACAUGGUAGGCUAGACUUUGAGGAAUAUGUAUUAUACAUAUAUAAUUUAUACUUAUCUUUGAGAAUUUCAUAUAUGCACAUAGUACAUUUCUAUAUUUCCUGUCUCCCUCAGACCUCUCCUCAUACCCACUUCCCAGCUUCAUGCCCUCUUUUUUUCUUUUUAAAUAAAUAACCUACUAAGUGCAAUU